UAGCACCACAGAGUGCCGUUGUCAUAGAAAUCUCAACAAAACAGGCCAGGAGCUCGUCAAUUAGCCCUCCUUAAGAAAAAAGCAGAUCGCGGCAUGAUUUAUGAAGGUGACUGGUAACAGCGAUAGAAAAGUCACUGGCGUGUAGAUUUCAUGGCUCGGAGCAGCAUAUGUUUCGCAGAAUGUCCCAGGAAAACAGGACUACCGAGAGAAGUAGUCAAGUGGCUGCAAACUCUGGACUUGGCAUUUUAUCCCCUAAAUGUUCGCAGAGAUUUUUCCAGCGGCUACCUUGUGGCACAGAUAUUUUCUCAUUAUUACCCCCGAGACUUUUCAUUGCACUCAUACGACAGAGGAACAUCGCUUUCUGCCAAACAGUGGAACUGGAGCCAGAUAGAGCGGUCUUUAGAGAAGCGGAAUCUGUACUUGAAGAAGGAGGCCAUUGAUGGAACAAUCCAUUGUAAACCAGGAGCAGCUGAGCUGUUGGUGCUGGAAGUUUACACUAUUUUAAGUAAAGGGAGAGUCAGUGAUGUAGAGAGCCCAGAGCCAGACUUCACCGAUGAAGAAUACCAGAACCUACUUCCCAGCCUGGCUCGCUCCACAGCUUCAAAAGCCAUCAAGAACAACCUGACAGCAACAGAAAUCAAGGCUGUGCCUGAUAUAAGCACAAACCAGAGGAAGGCAGAAAACAUCCUCCGCAGGCACCUCGAGCACAAAGCUGCAGAGAGAAUUCUCAACCCUGAGCUGCGGUCCUCACCAGCACGGAGCAGAGCUUCUGUUUCCUUUAAGGAAAUAAAGGUCCGUCAGCCAGCCAAACAGUCAUUGGUUAAUUAUUAAAGAUACUGAUCGAAUAACUGCGCUGUCACUGUUUUAUGUGUGAAAUGAUGAACUCGUUUAUUUUCAGUUAUUCAAAACAAAGUCCUUCUCAAACUAUUAUACCUCACCAGUAUUUACCUGACUGUAAUUUGAUGUGAUUUGAUUUGGAUGAUGCAUGACGUAAUUUCUUGUUAUCGCUUAUAUAAUGGUAAAAGGUCUCUACCAUGAUAUAUGCUGUGUCUGUUUCUGCCAGUAGGCGGCAGCAUUACAUCAUACCUUUAUUUCUCAAUGGCCUGUGCAGAGGAGCUGAAGGUGUACCAUUUGCAUUUUAUAAAUUUAUGCAGUGGUUACACUGAGCUUAUAGUGAGCUGCCUUACUGUUCACCAUUGUGUUUCACCAGCAUAACGAAGUGUUAUUUUAAAAAUAACAGUUGAUAAUGAAUGUUAGAUAUAACUGAAUAUUCGCAUAUUACUAAAUUUUCGCCUCAGACUCCUCAGACAUCACAGAGCCUCACUGUCUCUCAAUCAGUCUCUCAUUUUGGGAGAAACCUGAAAAAUGCUGAUAAAAUCUACUCUAUGAAGAAAUUAGCAGAUUCCUUAAUUGGUUUGCUAAACACCCAGUCACUGAGGCAGGAAGCACAUGAAAGCUUUUCCCUUUCAUUUUUUAAAAUAAAAAUAAAUGCUCUUGGUUACAAAGCAUGUUUCAGCAUUAAAUUUUAGAAAUACAACGAGCUGCAUCACUGUUUUUUCUUUCUUUCUUUUUUUUUUAAACUGCUGUUAACUAAACCAAACCAAAGAUGCUUUGGUCUUUUUUUCCCCUCAAUGUCAAACAAACUCUGCCCAUAGCAACACAAGUUGAAUGUGCUGACACAUCUUCAUUUAGAGCUGCAACAAAACAAGCUGAACAGUCAUGAUUGUGCCUAGAAAAUAAACACCAUAUGUUCAGUGUAAUGACUCUAUGUACCAGUAUUCCCUGUAUGCAAAAACUUGCCUAAAAGAGCACUACUGCUAUGCUAAUGACUUAAUAUUUCUACCAUUACAUGCACAUUCCUAUAUUUUCAGUCAUAAAGUAUCAUUUUGCUCAGGGAUCUGCCAACAGCAUCAUACAGUCUAUGCAAAAUUCAUUAACUUAAUGCCAUAGAUAAUGAUUUUAAUAGUCAAGCUUAAACUGGAGAUAGAAUAAUAUAAUGUGAAAUGUUUUCUCCACCCACCCAAUAUUAAAUGUCCUAUUAUAUCAAUAGCUGGUGUUUCAUUCUAUACUUUUUCCCUUUUAAAGAAGUUCCUUCAUUGGUUUGUCAUAUUACAUUUUGUUGAACUAUUCUGUUUUAUUUAAGCUGUUUUGUUAUUGGCUUCCUGCUUUUAUCUGCUAUAAUUCAAGGAUUUUCCAACCCUUGGGUUGAAUAAAGCUAAACUUGUGCUCA